AUGCCCGCAGCGGUGUCUUCGGCCGCCAGGCGCGCGAAGCGCGUCAUCGAGAGCGACUCUGAGUCCCCGGAAGAGGAGAUGGAGCUUGAUGAUGCCAAGCGGCAGGCGGCCAAGAAGGCGGCCAAGCGCACGCGAGAGGCUGACAACGCAGAUGCCGACUCCGAUGACGAGUUCCGGGAGGACGAGAGCCGCGCCACUUCCCCGUCCAAGAUGACGGCACGACAGCGCGCGAAGCGCGAGAAGGAGAUGGGCGAGGACGAGGGUCUCAUCGAUGAAGGUCUCAUGUCCCUCCCCGACGGACAGGUCAAGGUCAAGCCGAUUCUGACCGAGGCUGAGCGGCUGCAGAAGCGCGAGGAGAUGGCGCGUAGGAGGAAGAGGCAGAACGAGCAGAGGCUGCAGGACGAGCAGGACCAAACAAUCAACCGUCUACUGCGUGCGCAGACAGGCCGCUCGCGUUCAAAGCUGGACCACACGCCUCUCCCCGAUGGCGAGAGCGGCGCCUCGUCGCCAACGAAACAGCGUUCCGUGCUCGACAUCCCCAACGGCAUCCGCUGGGUCUCGCGCCUCGACGGCGAGAACGUCACAAUGGCCGUCAGCGUCAUGGAGGGGAACGAGAAGUGGCUCGAUUUCCCCGAGCGGCCCCCGCGAGAGGCUGGCGAGAAGAAGGAUAAGGACGAGGCCGCCAAGUGCGCCGCCAAGGGAUGCAACGAGAAGCGCAAGUACAGGAGCACGAAGAAGUUUGAUGUCGGAGGAUGCUCGCUCCCGCAUCUGAAGGAGGUGGAGGCCGCUUUGUAA